AUGGCGAGCCUAACUCGUCAGUUCGUUCUCCACCACCACCAUCAUCACCAUCGUCAACCUCACGCCAUCCUCAAAAGGUCCUUUCUAUCAUCCAAGCUUCCUGGCUCAGGCUUAUCCACUCGUUAUGCCCCACGCCCUCGCAAUUUCUCCACCACUCCACUCCUUUGCUCCCUCUCUCAACCACUCCCUCAGCCUCAGAGUUCGGAUGUUGGAGCGAAUCCAUCCAUUGUUGGGGAUUUACUGGACUAUCUCAAUGAGUCUUGGACUCAAUUUCACGCCACGGCUGAAGCAAAAAAACAACUAAUUGCUGCUGGUUUUCAUUUAUUGAAUGAAAAUGAUGAAUGGAACCUCAAACCGGGAGGCCGCUAUUUCUUUACACGAAACAUGUCUUGUUUGGUUGCAUUUGCUGUUGGAGAAAAAUACAAGGUUGGCAGUGGCUUUCACGUGAUUGCUGCACACACAGAUAGUCCAUGCCUAAAAUUGAAGCCUAAAUCGGCAUCAUCCAAGGCUGGUUAUUUGAUGGUCAAUGUGCAGACCUACGGAGGUGGUUUAUGGCAUACUUGGUUUGACAGAGACUUAACUGUGGCAGGAAGAGUCAUAGUGAGAAAUGGCAAUGAUUCUUAUCUACAGAAACUUGUGAAAGUGAAGAAACCUUUGCUGCGUAUACCCACGCUUGCCAUUCAUCUUGACCGCACAGUGAACAAGGAUGGAUUCAAACCAAAUUUAGAGACUCAUCUAAUUCCAUUACUUGCAUCAAAAUUGGAUACAUCUCUGGACUCGACAGAUAAAAAUUCUACUUCUUCUAAAGAUGCUCAUCAUUCAAUGCUUAUGAAGGUUUUGUCAGAUGAGCUUAGUUGUGAUGUUGAUGACAUAAUGGAUAUUGAGUUGAAUAUUUGUGAUACUCAACCAAGCUGCCUUGGUGGGGGAAACAAUGAAUUUAUUUUUUCUGGAAGACUAGAUAAUCUUGCUUCAAGUUAUUGUGCUUUGAGGGCUCUCAUUGACUCUAGUAAAUCUAGCAGUGAUUUAUCAAGUGAACAGGCAAUCCGGAUGGUUGCUUUGUUUGAUAAUGAGGAGGUGGGUUCAGAUUCAGUUCAGGGGGCUGGUGCUCCAACCAUGUUUCAGGCCAUUAGACGCAUAAGUAGUGGUCUAACAGAUUCAUAUGCUAGUGAAGGUGCUUUUGAGCGCACAAUUCGCCAAUCAUUUCUUGUUUCUGCAGAUAUGGCUCAUGGAGUUCACCCUAAUUUUAUGGAUAAGCAUGAAGAACACCACCGACCAAUGAUGCAAAAGGGACUUGUUAUCAAGCACAAUGCUAACCAGCGGUAUGCUACUAGUGGAAUCACAUCAUUCCUCUUUAAAGAAGUUGGGAAGAUUCAUAACCUUCCAUUUCAGGAAUUUGUGGUGAGAAAUGAUAUGGGAUGUGGAUCAACAAUAGGUCCUAUCCUUGCUUCUGGUGUUGGCAUCCGUACUGUUGACUGUGGAAUAGCCCAACUUUCAAUGCACAGUGUGAGAGAAAUAUGUGGAAAGGAAGAUAUUGAUAUUGCUUACCAGCAUUUCAAGGCAUUCUACAAAAGCUUCUCAAGUAUUGAUAUGAAGCUAAAUGCAGACUGGUAACAAGAAUUCUAGUUGAAGCAAAGAUACAAUCAUUCUUUGUUUGAAGAUUGUUCUCACUCAAGGAAUAUAGGUUUCAAAAAGGUAAAAUGACUUUUUUGAAUGAUCAAGAUUUGCUGAAUUUGAUUGAACCCGAGGAGGAAGUGGAGUUAUCAUCACUUUCACUGUUAGAAUUCUGACUGGAGUUUGCUCUAGACAGUUUCCGUUUCAGCUCGGUCAGUAAAGCUUGAUUCUCCUUACUGAGUCUUUGAGCUUUCUUCCUCAACAAUUCAUUUUGCUGGAUUAUGUAACAAUUCUGCAAAUACAGCUCCGAGUUCACUUUAUCCAUUUGAGACUGCUCUGAAUCUGAAAUUAUGAAGAAAAAAAAAAGGAUAAUGUUCUCAAAUAUAAAUCAUUGUUGGUAGUAAGAAACUAUUGAGUAGCAUCCAAUAAACACAAACAAUUCAAU